AUGACACCACCCCUACCAGAAACCUACCUGCAGGCUGCGUUCAAAUCGCAAGGGGCCAAUCUGACCUUGGAGCAUGUGCCCUUGAAGCAGCCCACAAAGGGCGAAAUACUGGUCAAAGUCGAAGCCUGCGGCGUUUGCCACUCGGAAGUGUUCGCCCAGCAGAACACCUUCGGCGCUGGAUUCCCUAUGGUUCCAGGCCACGAGAUCAUUGGUAAAGUGGUAGCCGUUGGUAGCGAUGUGGCAGAGUGGAAGGUCGGUGAUCGCAUUGGCUCUGGCUAUCACGGCGGCUUUGAUGGCACCUGCGCUCAGUGCAAGAGCGGCUGGACCCAGAUGUGCAACAAUGCUUCCUACAACGGCAUAACCAGGAACGGCGGAUUUGCCGAGUAUGUCAAUAUUCGCGCUGAAGCCGCCGUGCGCGUGCCCGACGAGGCCGAUGCCGCAAAACUGGCGCCUUUACUCUGCGCAGGCUCAACCGUGUUCUCUGCGCUGAAAUCGGCCAACAUCACGACUGGCCAAACUGUGGCUGUCCAGGGUCUCGGUGGCCUAGGCCACCUCGCCAUUCAGUUCGCCAGACGUAUGGGCUACCGCGUCAUUGCCAUUUCGCGCGGACCCGAGAAGGAAAAGGCUGCUCGAGAGCUGGGAGCACAUGAGUACAUUGAUGCGACCAAGGGAGACGCAGGCGAGGCUCUCUGGGCCUUGGGUGGGGCUCAGUUGGCUCUGACAACUGCCCUGUCCAACGAUGCCUUCACCCCUUUGAUCAAGGGACUUGGCAUCACGGGGAAGCUGCUGAUUAUCACGGGUGUGCCGGGCGAUAUCACGGUUGAUGCCACAGCCAUGAUCAUGCGCGGCAUUUCGGUGCAAGCCUGGCCUGUGGCGAACGCACUCGACAAUGAGAAGACAAUCGCCUUCGCUCAUUUGCACCAGGUGGACUGUGCCAUAGAAACGUUCCCCCUGUCACGGGCCCAGGAUGCUUUCGAUGCCAUGAUGAAUGGUACAGUACGAUUCCGCGCCGUUAUCACAAUGAACUAG